GGCUGCGGGGCUCCGCCCCUGCUUCCAAGCCUCGGGGCGCUGGCCGCGGUGCUGAAGCAGCGGUCCAGUGGCUGGAGAAAGGAGGGACCCCGCCACCGUGAAGGGGCGGAGCUCUCUGGCGCUCCGCGCUGGAAAGGGGGAAGGGGCAGGGCUGAACCAUCAGGCCUGAGACCCUGGCCGGCUUGAGAGGAGGCAGGAGACAGCCUGGUUAGAGCAAAUACAGCCACCACCUACACAAGCUUUUCCUGAAGAAGCCAAGGUCGUCCUCCUUUUCCUAUUCAUCCUCUUUCCUUUACCUUGAAGGGACCUUCACCUUGUGUCUUGACUUCAGCCUUCUUCCCAAACACCCUGAAGAGUGACCCUCUUCUGGACUUCAAUCUUCAAAGCUAACGACUUCCAGCUCCCAGGCUCCCAGCUCACGGCCUGGCACCCUCAUCAUGGUGAAGUUACUCCCUGCCCAGGAGGCAGCCAAGAUCUACCAUACCAAUUAUGUGCGGAACUCGAGGGCCGUAGGUGUGAUGUGGGGCACUCUGACCAUCUGCUUCUCCGUGUUGGUCAUGGCCCUCUUCAUUCAACCCUACUGGAUUGGUGACAGCGUCAGCACACCUCAGGCAGGCUACUUCGGACUUUUCUCCUACUGUGUGGGCAAUGUGCUGUCCUCUGAGCUCAUCUGUAAGGGUGGUCCAUUGGACUUCUCCUCCAUUCCUUCCAGAGCCUUCAAGACUGCCAUGUUCUUUGUGGCCUUGGCCAUGUUCCUCAUCAUUGGUUCUAUCAUUUGCUUCAGUCUGUUCUUUGUCUGCAACACUGCCACAGUCUACAAGAUCUGCGCAUGGAUGCAGUUGGCUGCUGCCACAGGUCUGAUGAUUGGCUGCCUGGUCUAUCCGGAUGGUUGGGACUCCAGUGAGGUGCGGCGCAUGUGUGGGGAGCAGACUGGCAAGUACACACUGGGUCACUGCACCAUCCGCUGGGCCUUUAUGCUGGCCAUCCUCAGCAUCGGAGACGCCCUCAUCCUCUCCUUCCUGGCCUUUGUACUGGGCUACCGACAGGACAAGCUCCUCCCUGAUGACUACAAGGCGGAUGGCAAAGAGGAAGUCUGAGCGGCUGAAGGGUCGGUCAUCUAUUUCCUGGCCAUGGAAGAUAAGGGCAUUGGAUUCUUCAGAGAUAACAGCUCCUUCCUCCCAAGCUUCCCUGUUCUUGGCUUCUGCAGGCCUGAAGCCUCGAAGCCUUUCAAUUAGGAUUAGAUCUGACAGUUUCCCCCAGACAAGGCUUUCCACUGUAUACAGAAAACUUCAGGGGAAGCAGAAUGAAAGCGACCUUCAUCAAAGAUACUCCUUCAUCAGAGAUACUUGGGAGAGACCUGGGCCUUCUCCCCUGGGGGCCACAUUCUCUUCUGAUCACUUCCUGCCAGAGAACAGCCUAACCUCUUGAGGGUUCUCCUCUAUAAGAUGAGGAGGCUGGAAGUGUCCCUCUCUGGGGCCUCUAGGCCUGAUGGUUGAUCUGAUUGGACCUCUCUGAUGGGCCAGUUGACAGAGGCCACCAAGACUGCCACCCAGUUUCAACAGGGUGAAGGAGAAGAGGUGGCUAUUAGGGUGAUGGAUCAGUUCAGAGGCUUCCUGGUGCCUCAAGUCUCACACUUUCUCUUUUUAUCGUUGCUCAGAGUUGGGUAAGGAAUGGAGAAGCACCAGAAUCUGAUUCCAGGGAAUACUAUGGAAUCAAAACACUUGAGACUAACUUGCAUUUUCCCCCUUAAAUCACAUUUUCUCAGUGUCCAAGUGACCCAAUGAGAGGGCCCAACUGGAUCUAAUAUUGAUAUUCUAAUAGGUUCUGAAGUCGCUAGUUUCAGAAAUGUGUUGAUUGUACCUAAGUAAUUAAUUGGUCACAUAUUUAAAAAAAAUUGUUUUAAAGAAAAAACAACAAACACCCACCACCAUCUGUUAUGCCCAUUUCAUUUUUUCUGCCACUUCCUACUCUCUUCACUCUGAUUGCUUCAGUUUGGUCACUAAUGUUCACUAUUUUUAUUUUGGUUUGUCUGUCCAUCUGCUUUGUUUUCCUUAUAAUUCACAUAUAGGUGAAGGCAUUCAAUAUUUAUCUUUAUCUUUCUGACUAAGUUCACUUUGCCUAAUCCCUUCAAGUUCCUUCCAGUUGCUAAACAUGGCAAGUUUUCAUCUUUCCUUCUAUAUUCCACUGUGUAUACAUGCCAUGUCUUUAUCCAGUCAGAGGGUACUAGGUUGCUUCCAUGUCUUCGCUGUUGUAAUAAUGCUGCAUAAAUACUGUGUUGCAUAUAACUCAAGUUGAUGAUUUUAUAGUCUUCAAGUAGUUACUCAGAAGUGGGAUUAUUGGAUCAUAUGGUAGUUUCCUUUUUAAAUUAAUUAUCUUACAUCAUCAUUCAUUUUUGUAUAGAAUUUGAUUUGUGCUUUUAGGUGUAAUCCCUAUAGUUCUCCCACCACCUUACCCCUGUGCUGUUUCCUCCACGGUUUUGACUCCACUCUCUGACCAUGCCUUGCUGGAUGCCUCAGAUCUAUAGUCAAUUUGCAGAUUUUAUGUUUUUUCCUGACCCUUUGGUUUCUCUAUAUU